UCUCUUCAGGACAGGACACAACUAGGUAGAGCUGGUCAGAGAAACACUCGAGACCCGCCGAGAGGAGGAAAAGUGGGCGAUGUUGCAGCUAGGAUCUUGUUUACGGACAUUGUGGGAAGGCUGUAGAUACAGUCCGGAGGGCUUGUAGGUAUUUUCAGACUGAAAGGUUGAGGUAGCCUCAUCGCCGCAGUAUUUUUAGAUCACUUCUGAAAGGAAUACAAAAAUGUCGUCUCCAAGUCCGGGCAAGAGGCGAAUGGAUACCGACGUGGUGAAACUCAUCGAGAGCAAGCAUGAGGUCACCAUCCUCAGUGGACUCAACGAGUUUGUGGUCAAGUUCCACGGUCCACCUGGAACGGCGUACGAAGGAGGUGUGUGGAAGGUCAGAGUGGACCUACCAGAUAAAUACCCCUUCAAAUCACCAUCAAUAGGAUUCAUGAAUAAAAUCUUUCAUCCCAACAUCGAUGAAGCGUCAGGAACCGUGUGUUUAGACGUCAUUAACCAGACAUGGACAGCUCUCUACGACCUCACCAACAUCUUUGAGUCAUUCCUCCCUCAGCUGCUCGCCUACCCCAACCCCAUCGACCCCCUGAACGGGGACGCAGCUGCCAUGUACCUGCACCGGCCAGAGGAUUAUAAACACAAGAUCAAAGAGUACAUUCAGAAGUACGCCACAGAGGAGGCUCUAAAGGAGCAGGAGGAGGGAGGGGGUGACUCCUCUUCCGAGAGCUCCAUGUCAGACUUUUCGGAGGACGAGGCUCAGGACAUGGAGUUGUAGUGAAGGGGGAGGUCCUGUCCGUUUCGCCUCACAACAGACUGUCGUUUCCUAAAGAGCAGAAACUCAGCACUAUAUUCAUAUUUAAACAAGACAAUUUUUUACAGCAACACAAGGAUUUUUAUUGCUACACAAGGAUUUGCAGUACGAUAUUGCAGAAUAAUAACCUUUACUUAGGAAUUCAUGACCACCUGCCCUUUCACCCUCCUCUUCAACCCCGAGAGCCUGUAUAGAUCAGAGAGGAGAUCAUCGUUCUUUUCCGCGAUCUUUGGUGGCUUCAGUCGAGGCUUUCACGCUGCUUUACCAAGUCCAGACUGAGCAGUGAGACCAGCGCAGGAGGACGGAAGACUGAUAUUUUUCUUUACUGAACACGUUUCUACAUCAUCGGACAUCUCUCCCUCGCCGACAGAGGACUGCAGGAUGACAAUCCACGAUUUCUGAGCAGUGUCAACCUCAAAAGAGCGUGGAAUUUUUGUUUUCCAUUUAAGCGUCUCCUUUCGUUUUUUCUGACACUGCCGCCCUGAGGCGUCGCCAUAACAAUCAUCACCUCUGAGGAGCUGAAGGCCGCAGCGCGAUCAUGUGCUCAUCGUGUACAGACUGCAGACGGCCUCUGUGACAGGACUGCCCUCUGUGCAAACCUGCUGACACAUCACACUCGAUGCAUCAACCAUAACAACGCCACAGCACGUGUGUGUGUGUGUGUGUGCGUGCGUGCGUGUGUGUGUGUGUGCAUGAAUGUAAUGCAGGGAGAAUCAUGGCGUAUUGAAAACCUGUGUCGAACUGACCCCAGAGCAGAAAUCAUAAGAGAAGUCUCGCAGUCCUGAUGCUUCUCCUCCUCAGCAUCCAUCUCCUCCUCCUCCUCCUCCUCCUCCUCCUCCUCCUCUCCGUUUUAGGAAAGUGUUUGUCAUUCUCUGAGUAUCUUUGUAUAUUGUGGCAUGACACAGAACUAAAGUUGUGUAGGGCUUUGUGGAGAUGUAGAAAUGGGGGGGACGCCUGUGCGCUCAGCCUCCGUGUGAGCCGGGCGAGGUUCGGUGGAGAUUAUCCAGGUCCUUGUUGAAUUAUUGAACUUAUUAACUUUGCCUAUUGCUUGUGUUGAACUAUAAUAGGUGUUUGACUUGCGUAGGGAUAGUUAGUUUUUUUUGUUUUGUUUUUCUUGCGGGUGGUGAAUCCUAUCAUAAUGUAUUGUUUGAUACUUAUAUAACACACUAGUUUAAAGACUAAUUGUCCUGUAAAGAUGAGGAGCAUUAAUACAUCUUUGUCUGUGGGAUGACUCUUUGUUGAAUCAAAUCCUUCAGAGACGUGUUGCACCCCUGCUCCACUUGCACCCCCCUUCUAAUGAAAAUGUGUCCAUCAAAGAUGAUGUACGUCGUCAGACAGAAGUGCUCUUUGUUUUCAGCCAUUCAACAAUGUCACAUUUACUUUUUCAUGCUGUUGAUGGCCUGUUGUUUUCAGAAAUAGUGGGACCAAAAUCUAGCGGAUCUACAAGCUGAGUUUCAUAAUUGUUUCCCCGCCGAAAAAAAGGAAAUCCUCCUCACACUGGAUUUGGGGAUGAAGAGUUUUCAUGGAGGUUAGAGGAUAAAUGAAUAAUGUCCCUUAGAGUGUCAAACACUAGAGUGGCAGAUUGGUUUAAAUUUAAAUUCAGACAGAUUUUAGUUUUUCAUCGUAAGAGUUUAAAAGCUUCAGUUUACCCCGGAGAGGUUCGUGUGCUCGUUCGCACCCAUGCAGAGGAGGCGUUACAGUGACAGUUUACUGUUAAAUUUCGUGAUGGUACACUGGUAUGUGUCUAAGCACGGGCUUGAAGCUUGAUGCAUGUUUGUGACAUGCUCAGAUCAGUUUGUAUUGUUUGUUAUUUCUGGAAGGAAAUCUAAAACUUACUUUACCGCCAUUAAAAUGGGCUUCUUCUUCUUCUUGUUUGGAGAGAAAUUGAUUAUAUUCAAAAAUUGACUUAAAUAUCCCUUUUAUAAUUUCCAAAGUGAUAUCAGGAAUCUCUUCCAUGGUGUCUUUAAAAGGGUUUACCUUCAUUUGAGAAUUAACAUAGGUUGCUAAAACUAGCAUGUCACAGUUUGGUUUUUUUUGACAAGGCAUAAAAAUGUAUUUGUUGAACAGCCUAUAAUUAAAAUGGCUCUAAUUUGCCUCGGUAACCAAAUAUAUGUUGGAGUAGGUCCUAGGACUACAUGAUGUCACACUCAUUUGUCAUUUGCAACAAAAAAAACAAACCACUGUCCAGGCUGGAUCAUCUGGAUUCAUCAGUGAAUUGUGUAUUUUUUUUUAUUAAUGAAACACAUAUAUUUGAUGCCUAUAAUUUUGUGUUUGAAUGUUUUUAUUUUUGUCUUUUAAACCCUAUAUCCAGGAUACAAGUUGAGAUAUCCCUGAUUUUUAAAAAAGCAAAAAAUGAAUAAAUGUGCUUCCCUUGUAACUUGAAGAAAGAAAUAAAA